AUGUCGCUUUGCCAUGAAGAUUUGGGAAAAGAACUCAACAAUUUGAGGAAAUCCAUUAAUGAAGAGUUAUGUUCAAGAAAUUUCCAGAGUUUGAAGUAUGAAGAUUUAUGCGUGCAUCCAAAUGUUGAGAUUCCGCCAGGGUACAAAAUACCUAAGUUUAACACUUUUAAUGCGGAGGGAGAUCCCGUCACUCAUUUAAAGGAGUAUUGCAGCAGAUUAAUUGGUAUUGGACAUAAUGAAGCCGUACGAAUGAGAUUUUUCAUUCAAAGUUUAUCAGGAUCAGCACUCUCUUGGUACACCAAACAAGAUUUUAGCAAAUGGCAUACAUGGGAAGAUAUGGCCCGCGAAUUUAUAAAGCAACUCGAGUUCUACAAUGGAGGCGAUCCGCACAUAGCCGAUUUGCUCAGAGAAGACUUAUAUUAUGAUAAGUUGCUCGGAGCUUGUGCACGCAACUUCUUUGAUUUAAUUAGGAUUGGUAAAGAACUAGAAAGUUCCAUUGAAGGAGGAAGAAUUAUAGAUAGCUCAGCAGCACAAGCCGUUCACCAAACCUUCCAAGCGAAGAUACCAGGAAAUCUGCAAAGCGAAAUGAAGGAACACCAAUUCACUUCCAUGACUAUGCAUCAAGCGCAAUGCCAUCAAAGUCACCAAAUUUUUCAAUCUUAUGCCACUAUGCAGUAUCCUCGUCAGCAAAACUCCCAGAAUGGCUACCAACAACGGUUUCACCAAGCACAAUCUAGCUCUCGACAACAGAAGAAGAGGAAAUCUUUUUCCUUCACUCCUCCAGAUGAGCCAUUGGCAAGUAUAUUUGAGAGGUUGAGUGCUAAGGGUAUUCCACAACCAAAGAAGGGAUUUAUACCUAAGCAUCCACCUCCAAACUUUGAUUUAUCUAAGAGUUGUGCUUACCACUCAAACAUUCAAGGACAUGACAUUGAAGAAUGUCCGGCGCUAAGAUUUAAGAUUCAAAGCAUGAUUGAAAGUGGUAAGAUAAAGCUACAGCUAGAGCCUCCAACCAGUAAUGGUAAUAUUGCAAACACAAACACAAUUGUUGUUAAGGGUGAUCCAUCGAAAUUGGCACCAAGGCAUUUGAAAAGAAAGCGUGUAACAACUCAAGAAGACUUACAGGGACAUCAUCUCGCAACUUGA